AUGUGGGUGGAUUUGGAGCCAAGUGCAUACCCACGUCUAGUGGAAUCACUCUUCACACCUCAAGGUGAUUACGCUGCAGAGCAGAGGAAUGCCCGCGUGGAAGGUACACCUGGUUCUCUUCCAAAUCCACCUGGGCCCCCAGUAUCCUCGAAGAUGGCCACGACUACAUACGUCAACGUUGGCUCAGUCGGCGACGACAUAGAGGAUGAAAAGGAGAACUCAAAGGAGGAUGUAGGGAGUGGAUUUGUGCGUUUAUGCCGACACAUCGCGUGGAGGGAACGCGGCCUCAUCGCCUUUUGUGGCCUCGUGGACUUUCUCGCAUACGCUUCGUUCUCCAUCACGGCUCUCUUUUUCCCUGCCGCGGCGCUGAGGAAAGGAGUUAGCGAAACGGUUAUGGGUCUCAUCUUCGGUGCCUUCUCCUUCAUCUCCUUCAUCUUGGGACCCUUUGUUGGCGAAUUUGUGCGAUCCUCUCCUACUAGUCAUUACAUGUUUAAGCCACUAGGGGAAUAG